UGGGGAACCGCGUGUCGAAACAAGAACCACGGCGUCGGAUGCCCCGGCCGCGCCGCCUCUCGGGCCUCGCGCACCCGAUCGAGUGCCAGGGCCGCGCGGAGCGAGUCCGCACGGAGUGCCCGGUCUGUCCGGACCUGCUCCGUCCGGGCCUCGCCCCUGCUGCUUCUUCCCUGCUGCGCGCGCCCAGCUCGACCGCGCCCGCCGCCCUCCUCUUCCGGCGCCCGAGUGCCUCCGCCGCGCUCGUGCGGGGGAGGCGCCCCUCUCGCCUUCCGACGCCAUCGUCUGCUCGCUCUGCCAGCGCCCGCCUCGGGUUUCGGCAGCAGAGCACGGGAGCCUCGCGUGUCCUCGCGAGUCCGCUUGUGGAGUGCGUGCGCGUGCGGUAGCGUCUGG